UCUUGUUUUGGAAAACAAAACUUUCCUCCGUGUAUUUUCCUUUAUUGUACUUCCGCAGACAAACUGUUUAUAUUUUUUUUUCUUUUGCUUCUUUUCCUCCCUCAUUUUCGCUAACUUGGCGAGAUCCGGAAAAAAGUCAGUGAUAUUACAUAUGGGGAUGAACACGGCGGAAUGAUCGAGAGUCGAUGACGGUUAAUUAAAUUUUGUUAUGCAAGAUAUGUCAUUACAAAUUGUCUAAUGUGUUAAGGGUAAUGCUCGAAUAACUUCUAAUUAGAAAUUGAUAAUCAUUAUUGUAUGAAGAGAUUGAAAAAGGAUUGGAUAACUAUUAUCAAUAAAUCAAAUAGAGCUAGGAAUGGAUAGUGUUGAUGCAAGAAGUGUGGAUGGUUUGUGAUUAAAUGAAUUAUCGGUGUUUGGAAAUUUGUUGAAUAAUAAAUUUGUUGAAUAAAAUUGUUAUUGUGUUUUGAAAUUUAUUGUGUAUUAAAUAAAAAUUGUGACCAAAUGUUAAAAUUCUUAAAGUUUUCAAACUUUACGAAUUAAACAGAGAUCUUUUAUCGUAAUUUAAAGAAAAAUUGAUUUUUCAUAAUAUAAUGAUGAAUAUAUUGUUCCGAACAUAAAACAAUAUAGAUAUUUACAUAAAAGAACCGAUAUUGAUCGAAAAUUUUUUUCGAAAAAAUUAUGACAUAAGAAGAUGAGUAUUAAAAUAAAAAUCUAAAAAUUAAAAAUGGUAUAAGGAAAUGGACGCGAAAGAACUGAUAUAUAGUGAGAAUCGAUCGUAUGUUUUUCAAUAAUAUUAUAUAUAUUCUCGUGUGAACCGUGAAAAAACUUUCAAGUUGAAGGAUAAAGAGGAAAGAGCGACAAAUCAAUUAAGAAAGAAUAUGCUUGUGAUCGUAUCAGAAUGCAGCACGAGGGAUCACGAUGAGCAUGAACAACGAAACGAAUGGCUUGUUGGAUGGUCUGGCGGGCUACAAGUUAAAUCUUACGAAUCCAGACGAUUGCAACUACUUCGGAUCCCAGAGCAUCUUCUCCACAAGUUGGUUUCGCGGUAUCAUUUAUUUCGUGUAUAGCACGGUAUUCGUGAUUGCGUUAACAGGAAACGGCCUGGUCUGCUACGUGGUGCACAGCAGCCCCCGAAUGAAGACCGUCACCAACUUCUUCAUCGUGAACCUCGCUCUGGGAGACAUCCUGAUAGCCUUGUUCUGCGUUCCAACCAGCUCCAUUAGUACACUAAUACUGCAAUAUUGGCCAUUUGGUCCGGAACUCUGUCCGACCGUUAUUUAUUUGCAGGCAGUAUCAGUUCUAGUGAGUGCUUAUACGCUCGUUGCGAUCAGUAUAGAUCGUUACAUAGCUAUUAUGUGGCCUUUGAAACCAAGGUUGAGCAAACGGCAAGCUCAACUUCUAAUUCUCGCUGUUUGGAUGCUGGCUAUGGUAAUAUCGCUCCCUAUCGCUAUUGUUUCAAAGCUCUUCCAACCAUCGAUCCAAUAUAAAAGAUGCAAUCAAUAUAUCUGCAUUGAAGUUUGGCCAUCGUUGGAGAACAGAUAUUAUUAUUCGAUCGCGUUAUUGGUUCUUCAAUAUGUGAUACCAAUAACAGUACUAGUGUUCACUUAUACCAGCAUCGCUAUCAUGGUUUGGGGUAAACGACCACCAGGAGAAGCUGAAAAUAUCAGAGAUCAGAGAAUGGCACGUUCAAAAAGGAAGAUGGUGAAAAUGAUGGUGACAGUUGUAAUAGUGUUCACUGUCUGCUGGCUUCCAUUCAAUAUAUUGAACUUAAUAAUGGAUAAUAAUGAAACUCUUGGAAGUUGGACCUGGUUUCCUUUUGUAUGGAUGAUUCUUCAUUGGUUGGCUAUGUCUCAUUCCUGUUACAAUCCAGUAAUUUAUUGCUGGAUGAACGCAAGGUUUCGAGCUGGCUUCAUAACAGCAAUCAGUCAUUUACCUGGUACACAUCGAAUUCUUCGCAGAGAGAGACGUGAUAAUUAUAAUGCUAGUUUGGAUAUUCCCUUAACAGGUUUCAAUGAUUCAAAUCAUUCUGUCCUUCGACGUAUGAACACAUGCACAACAUAUAUUAGUGUUCGUCGCAAAGCAAAUGGAAAUCACACUGCACCUGCAAGAAGUGCAAGCUUCCGGAAUGAUUCUUUCCGACCAAUGACACAACAAUUACAACGACAAUUCACUUAUCUCGAAUCUCAUACAGAGGAGCAAUUAUAAAGAAUUUUUGUAAUUAAAUUAACGAUUAAAUAUUAAACGAGGGUAAAUAUGAGAUUAGUGAGUACAAUAUAGAAAAUUUGAGUGAUGUAAAAAUUUGGAAAAAGAUAGCGUAUGGAGAUUGUGAAAGAACAUGAAUUAAAAAAGAAUUGCAAAUAUUACAACGAUAUUGUAUGAAAAUUAACGUUAAUUUAAAAAAUACGAGUACAUAUAACCCG